AUGGGCAAGAGAAGGGACUUGGCGCGUGUCCUGGGCAAAAACAACAAUUUGGAAUAUGCGAGUCAGAUGGGGGUUGAAGGAGCCCUGGACUCAGUGGAGUCUUCAAGGAGUUCUCGAGGUCAGGAUAGUGGGGCUCAGCAAGGCAAGAGACACCGCUCAUACUACUCGCCCAGGCCAUUAUGUUUCUAUGACAAUCAAGGGCGUCAAGGGCUACCGCAUCCAAAACCACACGGGCCUCCCAGAACACAUCUUCCGCAACUUACCAGCCCUCCAUCCCGAUCGGGACUGGCCGCGCAUCCGCAGCGUUACCUGGCACAAGCACGUCACGGGCUUGAUGAGAGGCCGGUGUACUUUGAUGUGGGGAAGAAUGGGAAGAGAUUUGGGGAGAUGGCGAGGAUUUGCCAGGAUGAGAAUGGACGGUGGCCCAGUCAUCCUGGAUGGAGGAAUGAGGGCUGGAAGGAUGGUGAAAAGGCGGAUGAUGUGGAGGAUGAGGUCAGUGAAGUAGGCCGGGGUGCCACCAAGCGUAACUGGGCCUAUGACCGGCAGGUAAAUGAGCACGACACUGAUUCGGAGAGCGAUGGAGCUUUGGAUUAUGAUGACGGGGACAGCGAGAUGUGA